GUUAAAUUUCAGGAAGUUGCUGCUGCCAUCUUCUAAAUAUCACAACAAUGUAAAGCUACGUGUUUAUAAAUUUAAAUAGGUAUAAUACACACAACCCAGGAUCAGAAGUGCUCUAUUCGACAACCUUUUUAGAAAAUGGAUGAUAUCUUGACUCUCCUUUCUCUGUCCAUAGCGAUGCUUGUUGGCUGUUACCUUGCAGGAGUCAUCCCACUGACUAUUUCACUUUCAGAGGUAGGCUUAUUUUACCUGAUUAAGAUUAAGAUAUAUUGCCUGCGGCUAUUCGGACCCGGGUACAAGAGUGAGAGGUUGGGUUUAUUAAAAAAUAUUAAAAAUAUUAUUGUAGACCCUGGUCCGAACAACCACUUCGAUAUAAGUUAAUUAGUUAUAAAAAUACAUAAAAGUAUAGAUUAUAAUUAUAAGGCAUGAGAGACCUAGGCCUUGCUAAUUAAAUACUAAUUUCAAUUUACCGAUAGAAGAGAGUAGAUACUUCGAUGAAACAAGGGAGACUACUACUUUUUGUGUAUAAAAAAUAGAAAUCGGUGCCGAAAAAUCCGAGUUUUUAAUUUUCCGAUGUGUGUGUCUAUUAUUAAAUUAGUACUUUCGUUAUAUAUUUGAGUUCUGUUUUUGGCCUUAUACUUAUAAUUAGGUAGACAUCUUGGCCUAGGUUUUAAUUAAUUUCUUUUUCAUUUACAAUCAGUCAGCUUUGAGAAAAUCCUUGGUAAAUAUAAGGCAACUUUCAUCAUUAAAAUUAAGUCGAAGUUAAACAUUUGUCACUACCAAAUUUUUUUCGCAUCUGGGGAAUGUAUUGAUCUACAUGUAUGCCAAUUUUCACAGCGAUAUGUGUCUUAAGAUAGACGCCAUGUUUCUACGCGUUCGCAGCAGGUCAUGCAGUUCGCUCAACCUAAUUUCGCCAUGGGGUGGGCCACACCCCCUUUUUAAUGGCGGAAGUUGCCGAUACUUAGGAAAUAUUAAUUUAUUACCACUAUAUACCAAAAUAUUUGCUAACUUGUGUUUCAGAAUGCAUUUUGAAGACAUUUAAACUGGAAUGUUUUAAUUUGAGCUUUAGCAACCCGGUAGAGUCCAUAUUAUAAAUGAUCAGAAUUUACGGUGUGCAACAUGUUGUCAUUGGCAACCAUUCACAGCCACUUGCAUAAUGGCUGUAACGUAGUACUACCUCAGAGUUUCAUUCAUAAGAGUUUGCAGUGUGCAAAAACUACCAUACCAUUGGUCAGGGAAAGCUUUAAUUAAUUAUUCAUUUGCCAAAGUUGAAAGUUUAAACUAAGUCGACCCUAAACAGUAUUUAAGUGAUAAGGCGAUGCGUUGCCUUAUAUGAAGUAUAUAGUCAUUGCCCAUGACGCGAUCAGCGGAAUGAGGUCACAAGAUGUGGAGGUUUCGUCCAUACCAAUAGUAAAAAAUACCAAACGAACUCACACUUUCAAAAUUCAUAGCUCAAAAAGUACUUAAGCUAAACAUUUGAUUCUGGUUUCAUUUUUUUAUUUGAAAUUUGCUCUAACUAACUGUGUUAGUAAAAAAAUUAUUUCAAUUUUUUUAAAUUUUGUAUUUAAGUACCUAAAGAGAGAUAGCAUCCUGGUUCUGAUAGGGUCAAAACCCAGGUUAGGGAUAAGUUUAGGGUUCAGGUUAGGUUUAGGGAUAGAUUUAGGACAUAAGUACGCGGGUUACGGCAACCAAGGUUUCAAGGUAAAAAAAAUGUGGUGCUUUCUCUUCACAUUUACCGUUACAUAAUUAAUUGUCUGUAGGUACUUCUGAAAAAAAUAUUCUAUAUAAUAAAUAUUACAUUACUUUAUUACAAAUACAUAUAAUAUAGUAUAGAGUAGAGAAAACUUCAAAUAACUCUUGUUUUAAAAAAAGUAAAGGAUAAUUUUAUAAAACUUAAAACUUUUAUUUUCAAAAUUAAUGCUAUAUAAUAUAUGAAAAGUUCUAAAAUUAUCUUUAACUUUUAACACUAUCAUGCAAUUAUAAAUACAUUUUGACUAUCUUUGUAAUAAUCCACUAUCUAUAUUAUAUAUAUAUAUAUAUAAUAUAGAUUAUGAUUAUGUAAGGCACAGCAUCACUUAAAAACAAUACUGGUUUGGGACUACUUAUUUUGAACUUUCAACUUUUGCACAUGACUAAUUAAUUAAAGCUUUCUAUGACCAAUGAUUUAAUAGAUUUUGCACACGGCACAUUCAUUUUUUUAUGGAUGAAACUAUGAGAAUACUCCUAUAGCCUAUAGUACAAUAGCACAUGCAAGUGACUGAAUGUUUGCCUAGGACAACGUUUUGUGGACUAUAAAAUAUGAUCAUUGAUAAUGUGGACUCUACCGGGUUUUUUAACCUCAAAUUAAAAUAUUCUUGAUUAAAUUAAUUCUAAGUUCAUUCUAAACCAUGGGUUAUCAAAUAUUUUGAUAUAAAUAGUGGUAAUAAUUGAAUAUUUCCUAUCUGCAUCUUUCGCCAUUAAACCAUGAACUGUGGCAUGCAUCAUUCUGUGGUGUGGGAGCUUUUUUGAGCUUUUUGAGUGCCAUUUGAAAUUGCUUUAAAUUACAUAGAAAUAUUGAUACAAGACCCCAAUAAGUAUAUAUUUUUAGAAAGGUAAAUGGAUGGGGAUAAAGUUGGCCAUAUUGCCCACCCUUUAAAAAAAUUUUGCUCAUGUCCUUGACUUUGGAGUUCUCAAGAAAAAAAAUCUUGCUUUCAAGCGCUCAUAACAUCAUUAAUUUUUAUAGAUACACUUAAAACACAAAUCUAGAUGUUGUAGCCAAUUCAUUUAUCUUUAAGAAAAUGUAUAGUUUGCUAAGGUUUUGAUUAAAAUUAAACAUCUGAAAGCAAUUUUUCAUUUAUACAAAAAACUGGGACCACUGCUAAAACUAAGUACAAAAUAUCUCGGGCAAAAUAGUUAUUAGUGACUAGUAAACAUUUAAAAAGGAACUGUGGAACUGAUUUGGUUUGUUUAACUAUAAAAUUUAUUAGUUCUGAACUAUAAUCUGUAGCUUCUGUGACUAAAUUUCAGUCAGUCCUUGCCCAACCUCUGGUUCCUGGCUCGAAGUCUAAACAGUAGCCUCAGUAGCCCUACUUCAGUAUCACUAAGACUAGUAUAAGGUUCACGAGAUGAAUAAUCUCAAAUGAUAACGUCAUGGGGAAUGUUAAAACCAUCAUCAGUAUUACUUAUAUCCUCUCCUAAAAAGCUUUCAAAAAUAUUUCUAUUUGUAGUUCUUGCACUGAAGGCCCAGCCAUAGCUUCAACCAUUUUAGCUUUAAAAAAAACAGCGAUAACACUCAGAUUAAAAAGUACUUAUUAAAGUUAUCAAGAAAAAGCUUGACCCGGAAGAUGAUUUAAUUAUUAAUAAAAGGAAGUGGCUAUAAUUCAGGUUAAAUAUUGGAUUGGAAGUUGCUAUCAGGCCGUGUUUUGUAUCUGCCAAUUUUUUCGGCCGACCACAGUUCGUGGGUUAAACAGGGGCGUGGUCAAAAUUGGACUGAGCAACCUUAUGAUAAUGCAGGUUACUGGGGUGAGCAUAACGAACAUCGGACUUGACCUACAUCAAUGAGAAUUGGCCAUGUAUACAUCAAUAUAUAAUGCUUUUUAGUAUUUAAUAUGAAAGGCAUGUUCUUUUAUAAUUUGUUAAAAAAAAAUUUAGGGAAAGAUGCCUAAUAUAUAUAAUAUAAAAAGGCAAAACAGUAGGUUGGAAUGUAUGUCCAGAUGUCCCUUAUUGUGAACAUGUGGAAGAAUAACACAAUUUUAUGAAAAAAUAGCCCUUGUAAUAAUGAAAAACCACAAACGGGCUAAAAAUUAAAAACUCGAAUUGCACCUUCUCCCAAUUUUGAUUUAGUCUCCCUAGCUUUACCAAAGGGCCUAUUAUGUGAAUUGACUUUGGUUGUCCAGUGGUAGCAACAAACUGAGCAAUCAUCAGCAUUUUGUAUGGCCACUGUUCUUAACAAAUACAAUUUACAUCUGUGCAUAGAUCGGGAAGACAGCCUCAGCACAUCCAGAAGAAAUUGGGAGAAUGUUUUUAAAAACUAGGGGAGGAAUGGGGCUGCAAUCAGGUUAAAAACCCCUGUCAUAACUCAAUCCUAAUAGUAAUAUCCUCAAUCUGACAAUCCUUAUUCAAUGUUAUCCUUCUCUCAAAUUUUGACCUACCCAUCCGCCUCUGGCUAAUGUUUUCUCACCAUACUCCUUCCCCUAUCACAAGCCAUUCAAACUUUACCCUCUCAUGGGUGUAUGUUCCCCCCGCUACACAUUUCCAAGCCUAUUAAUCUUUUUAUUGCAUGAAAACCUUCCCAUUAUUUCAUGUUAGACCUUGAACUGUAUCACUGAUCCAUACUUAAGAGCUUUUAUCACUUGUGCUUAGCUAAUUUUCUGCAUGUCCACUCAAUUUGUUCAAAUAAGCAUUUAGAGUGCAAAGCACUGACCUUUACUAAACAUGCAGAGAAUCCACAGACAGAUCAAAAAUAGUAAUAUUUCACACUAUUUUUUAAAAUCAUCCUAAUAUCUUAAAGAACUGAUUUCUAAACAUGUAUCCUGAAAGAACCUGUGCUCUUCAACACAGUCCUUACUGAGAGUUCCCAGUGUGGAUGGACACAGAAAGAAGUCAUACAGAGUGUGCUCUUUUGAAGCUAUAGCGCCUAAAUUAUGGAACAGUUUGCCUCAAUCUUUGAAGGAAAUUGAAAAUGAUAAAAAGUCAUUUAAGAAACAUUUAAAGACUUUUUUCUUUAAGUAGAUUUUAGGACAUCAGAGCGCUGUGAGCAUGCUAAAAUAGCAUGGACACAAGCGCUGUAAAAGUAUUCAGUCAUCAUCAUCAUCCCACAAAUUAAUGCUAUAACUGAAUGUCAAAAUCCAAAAGUAUAAAAUGACAAAGUGGAAUAGAUUAAGAAUCAGAGGGUGCCCUUUUUCAGCAGUAAACUAAUAAAAUAAUUCAAAAGGAACAUUUUUGUUUAUACAAGAUCACGAAGAUCCAAUAAAUUGCCUCCAAAUACAUGAACAGGUCAUAAUCUUUCACCUGCACACAGAGCACUUACAGCUUAAUUACUUUAUUCACGCCUUCGCCUCAUAAAUCCAAAUAAAACACCAAUGUACCUCCUCUGCAGGCAUCCUAAUGAGAUAGUAACAUAUCACUUCCAACCGUUUUGGAUUAUAAAAUACAGAGAGAACUCUUCUAUGAUUGAGUAAACGGAAACGCUUUCUCCCCAAACAUACCAAGGAAUGAAGUAAUUGUUUACCAUUUUAUCCAAAUUCACCCAUCAACUCUUUCUUUGCCCAGCACUCUGUGACUUACACCUUAAUUACAUACCACAAAUACCAUCUACACUUUUACCCUACAUACUGUGCAGACAAAGAGCAGCUGCAGAUUGUGUGAACAUUUUUAACCAAGGCCUUAUGCCAAAGGGUUCAUUUCAAGGUGCCUGAAUGGGAAUGAUAAUGAACAACAUAAUUACUGUUAUGAAUUUCUAGUGGAUUUUUAAAAAAUUAAUCUAUUGUUAUUUCUCACUUAUUUCAGGAAAAACUUAAAUUAGUGACAGUUCUUGGUGCUGGAUUGUUGGUUGGCACUGCCCUUGCAGUUAUUAUACCAGAGGGUGUUCAUGCAAUGUACUCAAGUUAUGAAGGUUAGGUAUAGAAAUAAGCAUAAAUAGGAUUGUAUUUGUUUUAUUAUUUUUGUUUCUCCAGAUAUUGGUUAUUGAACAAAAUGGAACAGUUUUCUUUAUUAAAUGUCUUUCAGACUGAAAUUUAAAUGUAGAAUAGAUCUUGUGGAAUCAUUGAAAUCAUUAACCUAUUUUAAAGAAAACAUAAUAAUAUGUUUCAAUUGAGUAUAUUUGAUCUGAAAGUUUUUCUUAAAUAUUAUCUCAUUAGCCCACGAGCAUUCACAUGAUCAUGCAAGAGAAGCUGAGCCCAUUCAAGCAUCUGAUGCUGCAAAAAAUGAUAAACAAGGGAGCUCUGCAUUAAAAGAUCCAGCCUCACAGCUUGAGCACCAUCAUGAGCACAGCAAACCAGACGUGCAUUCUAUUAUAGGCGUUACCCUAGUUAUUGGGUUUAUUUUCAUGUUGUUGGUGGAUCAGAUAGGGGGGAGCAUGCAUUCCCAUGCGAUUUCUUCAGACCCAGAGACGGCGAGUCAUGGACAGAGUAGAAAUAAAAUUACAGCCACACUUGGACUUGUUGUCCACGCUGCAGGUUUGUCAUUUUAAUUAAAGCAUGUGCAUAAAUUAAAGAUACAAUUAGACGUAAUAAAUGUAUAUAAACCCUUAACAAAAGGAUUACCAGUACUUUUGUAAACUUAUCACUAUGUUAUAGUCGGGGGUGGAUUGAGUGACUGAACUGACCCCGAAGAUUUUUAUGAAAAUGCUCCAGCUCUCCGGACUAAGUAACCAUUUACUGUGAAUAUUGUAAUAGGCUCGGGUCUUUGGUAUCAUUAAUCACUAAAGGCCGAAGAAUAUUUAAAUAAACUUAUAUAAUUGAUUUUUUCUAUUAAUAAUAAGUCUAUCUCAUUGGUUGGCAAACAUGGUAAAUUAUGCCAAAUAAGGUAAAAAUGGAAAUCUUGGGGACAAUGAGGAAAUUAAUAAUAAUAGAAAUAAUAAAAUAACUUUUUUUUUUUUGAUAUAACAAAUUUUUUUCUGGCAAUAAUGCAUCUGGCCAAUGUAAUUGUCAAACGCACCUAAUAACUUGUGUAUACUAGUGUCUACCACACAUUAUUUUUGCCAAGUCACCUAUAUUAUCAUUUGCACAGUAGCGUCACAAGAAUUUAUUCCAUCCAGUGCUGUAAACUCUUGGUGUCAACCCAUCCAGACUUCUCCGUGGACCUCCUCAAGUCACCCUGCUAUCUUGACACAUUGCUAUUAAGGCAACUUGCUCUGGUGGCACCCUGCUCUUGUAUUAAAAUUAGAUGUAUUAUGAAACCAACUUGAUCCAUCUCUGUCAAAUUUACUAAUGUUCAUAUGGUGUAAUCCCUUUGAAAAGGGUGUCUAACCCCUGUGAGGAUGUCCUGGGUGUGGUCAACACUCCCACACUCCUAGUGAGGUUGUUGCCUAUGCUCAAAACAUUAAUAGAUGUAGAGAUUGUCAAAGCUGCUCAUGAAGAGGCAGAAAAAAAUUGAUGCCUUUUGCAACAACCUACCUUUGCCAACAAGUAUUUUUCUCACAGAUGAACAUAAAAGCAUAGAAAUCAGUUACUUAAACCCAAAGACAGUGCCCAAAUUUCUCUGAUUUAACCUAGCCCCAAUUUUUAUGUUAUUGUAUAAAAAUGAAACUUCAUUCAAAAUUUGAAGCGAAUAUUUUUCAAAGAAUUCCCUUUAUUAACUUAUUUAGUACUUGAAAAUUUAAAACUGCAUUCUUUGUAAAAAUAUAUUUUUGGGGGUAAUGGCAAAAAUUAAAAUUAAAAUAAUGUACGAAAUGUAAAAAAAAUAUACAAAUGAGAGGUUAAAUAAAAAUAUUGAUCAUAUGGAUUUAAAGAUAUUUCCAUAUGUUUAGCCAGGCCAUCAAUAAUUUGUCACUCUAUCUGGUUCACAGUUAAUCAGAAUAAAUGCUUCCAAUUUCUUUCCAGUUAAAAAAUGUGCACUUAGAGUUUUUGAAAGUUUCAUACGAAAUUCCAUCAAGUUUAUCGAUGCUCCUAGGAUUGAGGCAUGACAUACUUGCUGCUUUCUUGCCAUAUCAUUUCAAUCUUUUGCGAAAACUAUUCAAUUGUUUUAAUUGGUUUAUCAUCUGCAUUUCUCCAACAAGCAAUUUUUGUUUUCUAAAAUGCACUGGCGGAACGCUCCCUUUCAAAACCUAACUGGACAGUCGCCCCUUUGGUAAAUUUUAGAAAGUGAAAUUCUUGUGAAAUGUUUUUCAAAACUUUGCUGUCUUUUUUUCCAAAGCUUUCAUUUACAAAGUAACAAAUAUUUUUUCUGUAGAUGGUAGCGACCAUCUAUUUUUUCUGUAGGUGGUAGCGACCAUCUAUUCGGGCCAAAAAACUAUCAGGUGAAGUCGAUCUUCCCCAGUUAUAGUAAAUCUUCAUUUCUUAUUUCAGAUUCAUUUUUUUUAGAAAAAUAAGAUAGCUACGGUAUGCACAAAUCUGAAAUUACAAAUAUAUUUUCAGCCGAUGGUAUAGCCCUUGGAGCCGCCAUAUCAUUAUCUGAAACUCACAUCACCAUGAUUGUUUUUAUAGCAAUCAUGUUGCAUAAGGUAAUUUCUGUAUAGUGUUAUGUAUUUAAUGCUGUAGAGUUCUGAUUAUUCUGCUUAACAUGCACCAUGAAAAUUUGGGUAAUCAGAUUAUGUUAAAAGAAAAUUCACCAGCCUAGCUUUACCCUUGACAUUGUUUUAUUGCUUACUUUAACCCAGAACUUUACACUCAAAACUUUUUGUCUUACUACAUACAUUUCCCAAAAGUUUAUUUUUAUACUAAACAACUUAAACAUCAGUGACAAAGCAGGCAUUAUACUGAUGAGUUAACAAAAUCUUAACUAUGUCUGAAAACCAACACAGAAUGUUUUUUCAUGAAAUGGAAGUGGUGUUGACUUUACUUACACUGAUGAAAAAAUGCAUAAGCGUCACUAAACAGGGGCUGCCAUGAAGUCCUCAAGGGGGAGAAAAGGGGUGGGAGGCAUAAAGAAAAGAGAAGCAAAGGCCUAAAUAGGAAGUCUUGUACCACGGGAAUGAAAUGGACAUUGUGAGCAUGAAGACUAACAGAGUAAUGGAGAGACAUCAUUGAUAGAUUAGAACCUUAGGGUGCUACAGAAUUUUGUUGGUGACAAUGGCGGUGCAGGGAAUAGGGCAUACUUAACAGAAUGAUACCUGGUUCUUUUUCAAAAUACAUUUGCUCCCAAGACUAUCUCACAAUCUAAGAGUACCAGUACAUGUACAUAUAUAUAUAUAUAUAGUUUGUCAGUCAAAGUCGAUUAUGACCACCUUAAUUAUUGUAUAUGCUAAUUGGGAGCUCGGCUGUGGGUGCACAGUUUGCAGAUGAGGCCAAUUAUAGCACAAAAUGUUCUUGUGCAGGGUAUUGAUGGGACAUCUCCAGGUGCAGAGUUUGGCAUGUCUUUUGUUAAACAAAUACAUACAAGUGAAUAUGCCUAGUAAAAUUUCUUUCUAUAAUUUGGAAUCUCAAAUAACUGAAGUUGCUUAACAGAGACUCCAGUGUACUUAUUGAUCUUUUUUUUUUUUUUAAGCAGUUAAAAAUUGAAGGAUAUCAGCUUUUAUUGUGACUUAUAAAUAUUAUACAACAGAAAUGUAUUUUUAACUGUCAUGAUAUGUCCAUUCAAUUUUUUAUAUGCUAAUAAGUUUUCUCCUUUUAAAUAUUUUAAUAUUAAAUUUCUUAAUGCUGUGCUCUAUCCUCGCUGGAAAUAAAUGUAAUAAUGUUGAAUUAUUUAAUUUAUUAUUGUCAGGCUCCUGCAGCUUUUGGUUUGGUUUCCUUUUUAAUGCACGAGGGAUUGGAUCGAACAAGAAUAAGGAAACAUUUGGCAGUAUUUUCUGCUGCUGCACCACUUUUAACCAUUAUAACUUACCUUGGCCUAAGUCAGGUAAAAUGCCAUCUAGAUAUGUAAAUUUCAAAAUAAUGACAAUUGAACUAAUUUUUUGACAAAAAUUUAAUUGUUAACUACAUAAGACUAUGCAAUUCUAUUUCUCACUAAGUUUGUGAAAAUAUAAUUUCCAUAUUUUUUUUAAUUUAAAAAGUCUGGAUAUCUCUCUGGCAUUUAAUAUUUAAUUAGCUUAGAAUUAUUGCAGUCACCACCAUUAAAGAUAUACAGGACGGCAAAAUAAUAGAUUAUCUUUAUUGGGAGAUAUGAGCACUGCGCUCCAGAUUUCGCAGAACUCUCAAAUAAUACAAGAUGCAAUCUCUAAUUUAAAUAUUUUUUGUCUAAUUUUCAGCAAAGUAAAGAAACAUUGUCAGAUAUGCAAACAACAGGGAUUGCAAUGUUGUUUAGUGCUGGGACAUUUUUAUAUGUGGCCACUGUUCAUGUCCUUCCAGAAAUUUCUGUAAGCCAGACACAGCAUAAGGCAGCAGAUGGAACUGUAAUUAUUCGAGAGCAGAAAGGUUUCAAGAAAUUGGAGCUUGCAGCCUUAGUGUUGGGUGCACUUUUACCUGUUUUUUUAGCUGUGGGUCAUAAGCACUGAUAGUCUCCCCCUAUUUUUUUUUAAAUACUAUAUUGCGGUUGAAUAUUGGAAUCAUUGUUAUGUACAUAUUAAAUUAUUUUUAUCCAAAUGUCAUUAAGUACCAUAUUAAAUUUGUUAUAUGUUUGUAAUUGUAAGCUAAUAUUGAAACUAUAUUAAAAGAAAAGGGAGCCUUCUGUCAUUUUUAAAUUGACAGGUUUAUGUUUCAACUCCUUUCAGUUUUGUGGAGAUUUAAAUCAUUUUUUAAAAAUGAGUAAGCAUGUGCAUAAACUAUUUUUGGUAAUGAGGUCAUAAGCUUAAGUACUUGAGUUAGUAAAAUCAAGUUUCUCUUUCAAGCAAUGUAGACAAAAACAGGAGUCUUAAAAUGUGUUAAUAAAGUGUUAUAAUUCAUAGCAUGUUGGUUUGCUAAUUGUAUAAAUGAAAGCUUUGUUGUUCAAGAGCUAAUUUAACUCCUCAGUAUAAAAAAAUAGUAUUUUUGUUACUGUAAAGUAAGCAUUUAACAUUAGCCUAAAGCUCAAAAUUAAUUAUUUCUUUCUAAUUAUUUACUUACAUUGAGUAUUAGUCUUUCUUAGACUGGAACUCUUAGUUUACAUCAUCAAUAUUUUUUUUUAAAGUCUUGUCUCUUUUAUUUCCAGUGAUUAGAUGGUUGACUGUUUCAAUGAGUCUUUUAAAUGUAUAAUUUUUCUCCUAAUAAAACAUAUUUAAAUAUAUUAUUUUCAUCUAACUUUCUAUUCCUGAGGUUAAAUAUUACAUAGUGAAAUUUUUGUUGUUGUUUCUUUUGACAUGUAUUUUUUGGGAAUACCGUAAUGUAUUAAUGUAUUCCUAUACACUGCAACAAAUUAAGAGGAAGAAAAAGUUGCCUUGAGAAAGAAAAAAAACAACCAAAACGCUUUUUAUAUUUAUAUGUUGAAUGAUGAUUUCAUAGAUAGCUUUUGUGAAUGAACGAACUAUUCAUUAGACAUUAAUUAUAUGGACUCAUUGCACAUAUUUUAUAAAUAUCACUUGUUCUUGAUGUAAUAAUAACUAGUAGAAUUUACAGCUUACAGUUCAUUUUAUUAAUUUUAAGCAAACCAUAGAAUUAAAACAAUGCUUUUCUGUUGAUGACUGUUUUUUAAUUACAAAACAAACCCUUAUGUUAAAAACAACUUAACAAAUUAACAUGUCAGAAAAACAUUUAAGGUUAAUUUCAAAUUGUUAAGUUGUUUUUAACAUGUCUUUGUUUUGUCAUAAAAAUAGUCAUGUCAAGAGUAUCCUUUAAAAAAAAGUUUAACAUGCAUCCCUCUCAUUACUAAACAUUCCAUUAUUAAAAUUCUUUGUUAUAAGUGUAUUUGGUCUAAAACUAUUUGUGCUUAAAAAAAAUAGUAGUCAUUCAUCAAAGUUCUACUGCCCCAUAAUUGAUUAGCUGUGCUCAUUUAGGCCACUAGGCAAUUUGAUAAUCAAAUUGUGAAUUGGUGUGUGACAAAAUAAGCAACCUUUUAAAAUUAAUGUAAUAAAUUUUUAACCAGGUGUCGAGAAUAUAAAUUUUACAUUCAACAUUUGUUUGAUGCAAUUAAUUUUAGUGGUACCCGGUAUUUUUUUUAUGCAACAUGGAAUCUCAUGUAAUAAGAAUGAAAGCUUGGAUAAAAUUCUCUUCAUUUUUUCUGUUUCUGGUUUUUAAAAAAAGGAUUUUAAUUUAAUUUUCACUGAUCAAAUUUCAUUACAUGCAUGUAGUAAAAAUGAUUGCAGUGUCUUGAAUUUGGGUGUCUGAGGUUACCUUUUUAUUAAUAUAGUUCUUUCUCUUGGGAUUUCUUGGGGUUAAUUUUCCAAGAGAGGGUUUUGUUGUCAUUUUUUUGCCAUAACUGCAUAAGUAGAAGAUUUAAUUUGUGUUUAAAAUUCAUUAAAAUAAAUAGUCUUAAAAAUUUGCCAAUUUUUCUUCAUUGAAGUUAAAAAUCCAAAUUAAGAACUUACACAAGCUUAGGGUAUGGUUAUUUUGCUCAAGUAUGAAUACCAAACAGUGAUAUCUAUGUUUUUAUAAUAAGUUUUGAUGUGAAAGAGUAUUCUUAAUGAUUAAUGCUCUUUAUUAUAACUGAUCAUCGAUUAGUAAACCACAUUCUUAUGAUUGGAUGAACAUCUGUAUUAAAAUUUAGCCCCUCCCAAACAAUGCAGCAUGCAAUUAAAUAAUGCUUCUUGACAUUUGUUACUUACUGAAACAUCUGACUCAUACCAUGUACCAUAACAUGUGAAUGAACCCAUGAUCUUUCAUUCUUCAAAUGUAUUUUUUUUUGCUGUGACAGCAUUUUUAAAAAUCAUGAACUGUAUGUGAGUGUUUAAGUUAUUUGUAGAAAUGUGGUUGUAAAAUAUUGAUGUAAUCUAGACUUUUGUUCCCAUAAAUUAGUGGCUAUCAAUAUAUUAUUUUCUUUGAAUGGAAAGAAAUAAAUAAAUACAAAUUAUAGACACUUUGUAAUUUGUAGUUUUUCUUGAACCUUGAUUGCAUUGUUAAAAUACUAAUACUAGAAUUCAUUAACGAUUAUAUGCAGAUUUAUUUUUGAACACUGUCUGGUCACAAGAGUGCAUGGUAUGCAGUAAAGCAAGAAAAAACUGUACUGGUAACCAUCUUUGUAACAUGUUUUUAAAUCUCUGCAUCAUUGUUUGUCAAAUUAGGUUUGUAAUACUCAUGUCUAGCGCAGCACCAAAUUCAUUUGGAGUAAUGUGGACGUUAUGUUCAGUUUAUCAUGUGAUUAGUGAAGUGGCAUUAGCAAAGCUUGAACUGAAUGCUCCUAAUAUUAUUAGCAUGUAUGAAUGUAAAAUGUAAUGGUUUUGACAUAACCAUUUAAUUAUUAAGGUACUUACUAUAAGUUAUAAGCCAUUUCUAAUUUCUUUGAUCUCCAAUCUAGUUGGUUUGAUCUAUGUAUCAGUGAUAAAUUGUAUUAAGGAAUUGGAAAUAAAAAAAUUGGAUAUGGA